ACGUCAGCGCAAAGAAAAUAUUUCCGCCAUCAAGUUAGAGCGACACGGAGGCAUGGAUUAAAAAGCGAGAGAAGCGAAUCAUUUCGCUUUUAAAGAAUAAAUAGAGAAGGGGGAGGGGGAGCAUAAAAAAUAAUAAAACAACACAAGGGAAAGUGUGUGAGAGGAAAAAGAUUUUUUUCCCUUUAGUGUGUGUGGUGUUUGACAGGAAUGGUAACCGUUAACUAAGGGUUCAGGGCAGCUCCGUGAGUGAGCCGGGCUUCGGUGGCGUGUGUGUGGAACUAGGAUCUCAGUCACGGGCCGCCCUGUUGAGGGCGGAGUUUGCAUUUUAUAUAUAUAUUUUUUUCCUUCCCUUAAACUCUGACACGUCUGCAGUGAGUGAGUGGCAUUGGCAGUCUGUCAAUCCCUCACCAAAGCGGCCAUCAAAACAUAAAGAGUUGGCUCGUAAAUUGAUCUGGCUUUCACUGCUGGGGCAGUGCAAAUAAUUUUUAUGAUCUUUUUCUUUUUUAUUAUUUCCCUUCUGCCUUUUGAAGAGGCAGCUACUUUUACUUGAUCUUGUUUCUAUAGAUAUUUUUAUGAUCUUGGAUUUUGCUUUUUAAUUAUUUUUCGCUCAUCCACACGCAGCGUACCGGCUCUUGUAGCUUUUUUUUACUAUAUUGUGUUUUUGUAUUUUUUUGUUGUUAAAAAAGGGGGAAUUAUAGACAAGUUUGAAAAAGGAAUUGAAAGCACCUCAAAGCAACUGUCCCUGUCUUCUUCGGCUCCGGUGGUACCUGUGCUAGUUUCAUUUCUUCUGUGUUACUGCUGCGGCAGAGUAUGGACGAUCAGUCCAGGAUGAUGCAGACUCAUCCCGGUGUAAGCUUGGCUGGACACUCGGUACAGGGGGGCAUGGGUUUGCCUCCACAUGUGCAAGGACAUGAAGGUGCAGACGGCGACGGAAGAAAGCAAGACAUCGGGGAUAUCCUUCAUCAGAUCAUGACCAUCACUGACCAGAGUCUGGACGAAGCACAAGCAAAGAAACACGCGUUAAAUUGCCACAGAAUGAAGCCAGCCUUGUUUAGCGUCCUGUGCGAAAUAAAAGAGAAAACAGUUCUUUUUAUUUAAAAAAGAAGUCGAGGACUUUCGAUCAUAUUCCUGAACAUAUUAACUUCAACAGUAGGAAGAGGAACUGGCAGAAUAUUUUUUUAAGUAGAAAGCUAUCCAACUCAAGACCAUUUCUAUAUGCUGUUUUGUCUGUAUCAUUUAGUUGCCAUGAAGAAGUUCAUGUGAAAAGGUGAGUCUCUCAAACUGGAAUGCGUCCAUUAAGCCAUAAUGCAACCAUCACCAAACAUCGAGAAGGAAAAAAAGAAUUCUGUGUGGGACACAUUGAUGUCAAACCAAUGAGUGCCAAUUUCACUAAGCAUAUUAAACCGAAGCUGAUUGUAUUUGACACCCAAGUUUAAAUACUGCAGUUCCCAGUUUUUAUACAAGUUCAAAAUAAUGUCCAAAUGUCUUAAUUGUUCUUUACGAUAACUACAACACUGUUUUUCUUAUCUUUCAAAUUCCAUUUCUUUUAGAUUAUUUCUUACAAAAGAAAUCACUAGAAACAUAAAGGACGAUUAAAGACCUGAAAUUGCUGAGCAAUUUUUCCAGAAUACAUAUUACUUCAAUAAAAUCAUGAUCUUCAUCUGCA